GGAACGGAGUACGAGCCGAUCAUUUUGACGAGCAGCAGGGAACCUGCCGGGGUCGACGAUUUGCCGCAAGUCAGACUCGUUGACGGACCCUCAAUCCUCGCUGGCAGGUUGCAGAUUUUCCACAAUGGCGAAUGGAGAUCAGUUUGCACCAACUCUCGCAAUUGGACCCGGUCAGACAUGGAGACUAUUUGCCGGCAAAUGGGGUUUCAAGGAGGCAACUUCUGGAACUGGAUUGACCGGCUACCCGGAGUUACCAAAUCAAGAUUGCUUCUGGAGGAGCCCAAAUGUCGAGGAACAGAGCUCUCGAUAACAGAAUGCGACUGGGCAAGUCGACAACUGGGAUCCGGAGUUUGCGACUUUCAUCCAGAUUUAGGAAUCGAGUGCCUUCCAUAUCACGAAACAAAACCAUCGCUUGUCCAGCAUUGGCGUGGCAUAACAUUUCAGAAUGCAAAACAUGAACGAACGUUAGCUCAAAGAAAUACUCUCUAUGUUCAAUCAUCUUUAUCUCGACUAUCUUAUGUGCAAAUAAGGUAUGGAGGAUCUGGACGGGAUUACAACGCUACCUCAGCACUCCAAAUUGAAGGAGUCCCGCCAAAAAUGCAAUCUGUUUCAGUAUUAUUUUCUGCUUACAAUGGUCUCAACAUUUCAUCUCCUGAUAGCCCUGUCGUUUUAAGUAACUGUACGAUCCGCAGCAAUAGAGGUUAUGGAGUUUAUGUCAAUAGCUCUACUGGAAUGGCGCUUCUGGAUGGUUGUUUAAUCAAUGAAAAUGGUGCUGAUGGUGUGAAAUAUGUACACCAUGAUGUGAAAGUCAUUGAAAAUCGACAAGAAAAUUUUGAUCUGUGUGAAUUUCCAACGACAGCCAGUCAAACUUUCCCUAUCAAUGUUUUCGUCCAGCAAAACUUAUACUCAACAAAGGAGCAAAGUUGUAGCAAGUAUUUUUUCACGAGGGCAGGGCACGUCCUGACAAUACACUUCUUAACCAUGACAGCAUCCCGAAACAACAGUGGAUACAUCUCCGUUUUCGAUGGAACGUCCAGUUCUGACACUCUUCUUGCUCGAUUUGAUGUGCGGAAUGGAACAAAGCCCCAAUCCAUUACCACAACCAGGAACAAUGUUUACAUCUCUUUCUCUCCGCAAGCAAGGACUCAUAUUUUAGGUCACAUGAAAAUUGUCUCCGGAUAUAAUAAAUGGUAUGAUCUAAAUGUGACAGACACUACCAUUGCUGACAAUAGUGGACGAGGAAUAAUUGUAGAAAAUAUAAGAAGUAUGGUUCAUGUCCAGCGCACUUCUGUUUCCAACAACAACCAUGUGGCCGGAGUACACAUUCUUGGUGGUGCUGGCGAUGUGAACAUCUCUGAAUCUCGAAUCGCUUUUAAUAAAGGUGAUGGAGUUAACAUCAGUUAUGCAGGAGGCAACCAGAAUGUCUCUCAUUCGUCCAUCUCAUCGAACAGUGGAUUUGGCUUUGCUGUUUGGUUCAAUGAUUCGAAGCAAUCAGAUUACAAGGUUUUCAAGCAAGAGACAGAUAUGGGUUUCAGUGAAAUCUUUAGAAAUUUGGAAAUUGGUGUAUUAAUUGGGAAUUUCUGCCGUGAACAUUUUGUUCCGCGUGUUAAUAUCACCGGCAACUACUUCAAUUUGAGUAUGAAUCAUGCAAUUGAGAUAAAAACGUGUCUUAAAGAAAAUUCUGGGAAGCUCAAAUUACGAAUUGGAAAUAAUGAGUUCGUUAACAAUCACAAACUGGGAAUCAAAAUUACCCCUGCUGUUAACAUGGAUGGACUUAUUGAGUUCAAUCGCUUUACAGCCCACCAAGCUGGCACCAUUUUCAUCAAAAAUCCGUCAGAAGUUGAUGAGUAUAACGUUUUUGAAAGUAAGCUUGUAUUAAAGAAUAACGAGUUUUAUGACAACCAGGGCUCAUAUGUCCUCAAUAUUGGUUUGUCUCCAUAUAGUGAGUCUCAAAACUUGUUAUUCACAUGGAACUUUUUGAGAGACAAUCGAAUUCGAGAACCGUUCUCAGGUUCAGAUAGUGCACCAAAAAAACUCAUCCCUCGCAGUCGAGCAGCAGCAGUUCUAGUCAUUUCAUCUGCUAAUGUUCAAGUCUUUAGAAAUAUUCUGCAGAACCAUGACUCAGUCUAUGAAAUAGCAUCACAUUUAGAAGACCAAAGUCAAAUAAUUAAUUGCACUUACAAUUGGCUUGGACACUCCAACGAAGACAAAAUUUUUGAACGCCUUUUUCACAGGAAGGACCGGUACAAUUUGGCUAAAAUCGAGUACCUGCCAUAUUUACUUCAUUCAAGCAACCCAGGAGCCACUACAAUAAUGAGCUUUUCCUUGUUUGUACCGCACUUCCAUCUAUUUGGAUCAGGUGUCGUUGGCGGAGAGGUGGAGGGUGUGGAGAGUUUACGAGCUGGAGAGUAUUCCGUUGUUAGGGACAUUAGUAUUCGACCUGGUGCGCGGCUCUCUUUGGAACCUGGGGUUACUUUGAGAUUUCCACCUGGUGUUGGUAUGAUGGUAGCAGGUAAAUUAGAAGCUCGGGGUAGAGGUCCCAACGAUAUUCGUCUAACACUGAAAGAAGAGAGAGUGGAUGAGCCAAUCGAUCUAGCAUUGAAUGAAACUGACGCAGAGCCAAUCCCUGUUCCAGAGAGCACUAUCCCUGUCAGGUUGUUAGGAGGAAGAUCGAGCAGUGAAGGAAGACUCCAAGUCAAGGUUGGUGAAAAAUGGGGAACUGUUUGUAAUUAUGGUUGGACCAUGCGAGAUGCAGCUGUUGUGUGCAAUCAGCUGGGACUAAUUCUAAAUCCUGAUGACUGGCUCCUUACGCGGAAUGAGAUACCACAUGCUGGGUUGACGGAAGAUAUUCUCUUAAACAAUGUCCGUUGCACUGAAGAUGAUUUCGAUAUAACCCAAUGCCAGUCUGAACGACUCCCAAAUUUUGAGAACUCAUGCACCCACAACGAUGAUGUUGGUUUACGGUGUUAUGAGCCAAAAUGGGCUGGAAUCAGGCUUGGGGUCUUAGCUGAGCGGUGUGAUUUGCAGUAUAUCUUAAUUGAACAAGCUGGACUUCUGGACUACGCCACAAAUGAACUCAAACCAGCACUACAAAUUGACUUCAGUCACCAUGUCCUUGAAAAUGUCCGAGUAAUCAAUAACAUUCAUGAUGGUCUUGGUGUCGUUUAUUCUGAUAUCUAUUCUCAAGGAUCAGUUAAUACAAUUAAGAAUUCGGAAUUCAAUAAUAACCGAGGAUCGGGAGUGAGUUUCAAACAACUUGGAAUGAAAAUCAUGGGGUCCAGUAUGGAAAACAACAAAGUAGCUGGCAUCCGUCACCAUCCUCGACUCGAUGGCCUGCAGCAGCGUGAAAUUGCCGGCUGGUUUAAACCUUUGAAAGAUGUUGCAACCCAGUACUCCCCGUACAAUCCCAUUUUCAUUCCUUUCUUUGCCGGCAAUGUAGACAUCGAAGAAAAAGAAACUAAGUAUUUCAUAACGCAGAGAGUUCUGACUGCAGAUCCAAUCAAAAGGACAUUUUUCAUCAGGAGUCAGCCUGGUUACGUUUUGGGUCUUCAACUCCUGAGCCCCAUCCACAACCGCAGCACUGAGAACAUCUUUAUCACCGAUAGCCAUGUUCAGUCCACCAAAGCAGCUGUCUGGAACGUCAAAAGAGACCUUUCUGUGUUUCCAACAACCAGCACAUCAUUCGGUGUUGCAAUCGAGUAUCACAGUGGAAACGAUGCCCUGGGAGGAGCUGUUUUGGUCGUCUCUAGUCUCCCAGCUCCAAUUCAGAAUAUUCCGAACCGCAUCGUGAAAGGGCCUGUUCCUUCGUUGGUUGUCUACCAAUCUCGGAUAAAAGGAAACCAGCAUGGCCUUUGGAACACGUAUUACAAUAGGUAUUUAACUGAGAUAGGUGAACAUUACUUUCGCAAAAGCAAUGAGUCCAUCAGUAUUCUCAACUGUGAUAUUUCUCAUAACAUUAGAAAAGCUUUUUACAUAAAUUCACCUCAUUGGAGCCUGAAGACUGAUAACAUAUCAGAGAUCACAAUAACAAUCAACAACACUAUGAUCACAGAUAAUGCUGUUGGUAUUCAUCAGAAAAGUCGUGACCUUCAUCGUUCCAACAAUCUAUUUCACUGGUUCUUGCAUCAUAAUACAAUCGAGAGAAACGGCUAUGGAGGAUUUGAAAUUGAAUUGCCGUACGUCUGGCAGUAUAAUGAGAACUACACGCACUCAGUUCGGCUCGAAAACAACACAUGGCGCAACAACAACAAAUUCUCUGUCCUCAUCAAUGGCCACUAUGCAGAGACCAACCUGACAAAUAAUAUCUUCUUAGAAAACCACUGCCUAACUGGUUUAGUAUCCAUCAGUGGUAUGGAAAAGAAAUUGCUCAUAAAACAUAACACAAUAGAAAGAAACGUCGGCACUUUUAUGAUUGAAUUCAAAAUCGACAGUCAGUCAGAAAUAAUGGGACAACUGCCUGCAAACUUUAUUUUCAAUGUUAUCCGAUUGAACAGUCCUCCAACAGCAGAUGUUCCAUCUAGUGUGAUCGUCUUUGACGGCCUUCAACGCGUCCGAGUCAGGCGGAAUCUCCUUUCUGAUAAUAGUUUAGCUUACAUUGUAGUGGCUGGUGUGCAAACAGCAAGGAUCAAUGACGAAUUGGAUAUGACAGAAAAUUGGUGGGGCACUAUUGACCCUGUGGAAAUCAAGCACCAUAUCUUUGAUUUUGAUGAUUGGAAUGAUCAUGCUUAUGUCCGUUUUAGACCAUUUUUGAUCGAAAACUCACAUGAAGGAUCUUUGUCGGUAUCCUGGGAGCAGCCUGCUCCGGUAAAUCUUGACAAUUUAUCAGGACGUAUCACCAAAAAUCUAGUCUUAUAUCCGAAAGGCUCUCCAUAUGUAAUCGAGUCGGAUAUAACCGUUAUGCCCGACACAGAAUUAGUCAUUCGCCCUGGAGUAGUCAUGGAGUUCGCGCCAAGAGUUGGAAUACUUGUUUUGGGAACUUUGAUCGCCAGAGGCCGCCGAAAUGAAGAAAUUGUCAUGAGGCCUUUGACUAACCGCCCUGUGAAUGAGAAACCUUUACCAAUCGCCUUCAACAAUAAGAAAUCAUACAGACUCUGCCUGGACCGCAACUGCACUGAUACAGCUCAGACUGAAGGAUUCCUGGAAUACUGGAACACAACAACCCUUCAAUGGGUGCCAAUGUGUGAUCCUAGAUUCACUGAAAGGAAUGCUCAAGUCGUCUGUCGAGAACUUGGUCUGCCGUCAUUGAAUGCAUGGGUAUCUCAUGGACAGCGUGUAGAAUUCCAGCCUAAUGCCUUAGCUCGUAUAUGGUCUUUCCCAGAACCACUUCAGUGUUCAGGUGAUGAAAAUAAGCUUGAAGACUGUCCAACAAGAUUGAAUGUCGAAUCUGUGGAGGAACGCCCUACUUGUGCAUGGAAUUCAAAUUUUGUAUUCGUGAAAUGUUUGGAUGGAACACUUCCAAAAUCUCAAGAUUAUUGGGGAGGAAUCAGGUUUACGAACAGCGAAUUCGAAACGGUCAGCUUUGAAAGUCGAAUCCAUAACACGGUUACGCAUGAAACGGUGACGCAUCGAGAAUCUGCAUUAGAAUAUGUAAGGAUUGAAGGUGCUGGUCGCUUGCAUCACACAUUUUCACCAGCAAUCUUGGCUAUCGGACGGUCUCCAUCCAUCACCAGCACAAACAUCACUCACAGCGCAUCUCAUGGAAUCAGUUUCAUCUCACCCUUAGAAGAUGUGAGGAUGCUAUUCAACUGGAUCCAGUCAAAUGUGGGACUCGGAAUCACGGUAGCAUCGCUGACAGGAGAGGGCCGUGAAAGCUCAGAAAGUUCGUUCACACCACUACACCACGUUCAUCUUCCUUACCGUGCAUUCAGUAUGAUCAACAUUUGUGAUCCGAACAAAGAGCUAGUCAUUCAAGAGCGAGUGCUAUUGUACUACAAGUAUGAUAAUAGUCCUAUAAACUGCGUUAAAAUAUUUUAUAGUGCUCUCGGCAUCAAGCCUUUUGGUUUCCGGUUACUGCAGUUCAACCUGUUCAAUACGACAGAUUCCCUCCAUCUUUAUGAUGGUAGCAUUUACAAUGUGAGCGCCAAAAGCUUGGGAAGCGUGUCUAUGGAUUCUGGCUCCGAGAAGAAAUUUAUUACAACGACAGGGCCGAUCCUGAGUGUCAAAUUAAGUGCAACAGGUGCCUCGGAAAUGCAUGGCUUCAUUGCUGAAAUUGUCACUCUACCGAUAUCCGCUAUUGGUUUCAAUCGAGACGUGCAGCAUAAUGUAUCAUUUUCUGUGAUAAAAAGCAAUGUUGGUGGUGCUCUUCAUUAUGCUAGUGCAGGAGAGGUCAAUCCUCGCAUUACUUUAGAAUGGAAUCAAAUUACAGACAAUUGUAAAAAGCUGUUUGGCAACUUUACCACAUGUCAGUCAGCAGUAAUGAUGGAACUCCAGAACACUCAAAACCUUCAUUUUAGGAAUAAUUUGGUUUCAAAAAAUCAAGGAGGAUUAUGGGUAAGAGCAGACUCAAGAGGCUCAGCAACCUCUUUGAAAGGCUGGAUUCAUAACAACCUGUUUACAGACAAUUACAACUUACCUGCCUUAAGUGUGGAAGGGCGUCAAUCAAGUCCUUAUCAAGAAGUUACCAUUUACCGAAACUACUUCACCCAGAAUCUGGCUCCGUAUCGUAAUGUUAUCGUCCUGAAGCAGGUCGUCUCCAACUUCACCUACAAUUAUGUCCACAACAAUUUCGGUUUUCACAUUUUGGAAGUUUCUGGUUUUGAAAGAGUGCGCUUACCCAUCUAUCAAACCACAUCGCAUAAUGGCUUUUACUGGAAUCAAGCUGCUGAAAGGGAUAUCAAAGGCACUAUCAUCGCUGGAACUGCGGGACAACAUUAUGUGGAUAACAUCCUGUUUAACCCAGAUAAUGACUAUGAAAUUGUUACCGUCAACAGAUCAAUGGCUGGUUUAGAAAGUAUGGAUGUCUGGAAAACUCCCAUUGACGCUCGUCACAAUUAUUGGGGCUACAAUGAAACUCUUGCGGUCUCUGGUCGGAUCAGGGAUCGAAGUGACCAAAUCGAACUACUCGAAGUGAACUAUCUUCCAUAUCAGAUGAAUAAUCUAUCGAUCCUUGACGUCAAGUGUCCGCCUGGUUGGAACUUAGUAGGGGAUACAUGUUACAUUUAUGUUGGAGCACCCAUGACUUUUUACGAAGCACGCGACUUCUGCAGGAGUGAUAAUGCCACGAUGCCUUAUGUCAUGUCAAAUUACGUACAGCUGUACCAGUUCUUGCGGCAUCAGCAAGCAACAUUUAACUAUUACGAUCAUGUCUGGGUUCAGCAUAUAGAUCAUAUCAACGAGUGCACCUCCUUUGCCUACCAAAAAGUUCAAAUCGAUCAUUGUUUGAGACUGAAUCCGUUCUUAUGUGAAAUGGAUCCAAAAGUUGUCAUAAACUUGCUCAGUUGGCGUGAUGACACAGUGACUCUCGCAGUGUUGGGAUCUGUAGGACUUUGUUUGUUACUAAUUAGUCUCCUUGUCGGUUUCUGGUUUUCAAAAUCUCGUCACAGACAUAUUGAACGCCUAGAGAGGCGAAAUUCAAUUCGGCAGUCGUUGCAGUCAGUCCGGUCGUUUAGUCAGAUCUCAAAUGGAGGGUUUCCUGCUGGGGAGGCUUACAAAAGGAAACCUAUUACAAUGAUAGCCAGUCAUAGAGAUAGUCCUCGCCUUGAUAAAGAAUUAGAAAAAAUGAAUGAAAGUGAUGAUUCAAUAGAAAAAUCUCAGCUACAUUCUUCAGGUGAAGAAGACACCCAGAGCUAUGAUAUUUAUGAAGCGCACAAUCUGACGGCUGCUGAAGCUGUCAAUCCAAGAUUUGACCUCGCCUUCCACAAUGAAGGGUACCGAGAUAACUCGACUUUUGCAUCGCGUGACAAUUCAACUUGGCACUCGACUGAUGAUACAUUCAAUGCCAAUAGCUCAUCCACAUUGCCUAUUCUCUCCGGCUAUAACACCAAAGACCCGCUUCAAACACGCUCAACCCCUCAGGUAGCACCACAUUACAUGGACUACCAGCAAGAGCCAGAGUAUCAAAUAUACUACGAGCGACCGAAAAGCUCAACCAUUCUGGAGACGAACAUGGACGAACUCCCAGUCCCUCAGCAAAGAUCUCAAAGUGAAUGUCUCCUAGACAUUGACCACAAUGCAACACUACCGUCCAAUACAAAAUUAGUCAAUCUAACUUCCUCAUUUAAACCUCUCCUAGAAACUAAUCUUGACGAGCCUCCCUUGAGGCCGAAUAUGUCCAAAAGUGAAGAUUUUUUAAAAAUUAAGUCUCAGUUAAACGGCGAUGCCAAAAAGAAUGGAGGAGUCAUGCCUUUCAAACCAAUUUCAGAUAAAAGCAAAAGCAUGCCGUUUGUAGAAACUUCUGUUUAGUCAGCUAAUUCGAAGCGGAUAGUUUCUUUAAGUAAUGUGUUUACCCAAAUUCUACCGACUAGCCUCCUGGUUUGGUAAAUACAUUAUCUAAUGUGACCUAAACCACUUAAAGUCUUCCUAUGGUCAACUGAGGGUAAUAUGUCUGAAAGGGGAUUAGCUGAAAGAAUCCCUUUUUUUAUUUAAUACCAAUUAAAGGCAUUUUUGGUAAUGCAUGGCACUGAGUUAAGUUUACAGCAGUCGGAACAAUCAGAAAGUGUAGUACGUAUUUGCAUGUCAUUGCGAAAUCUAUAUUUUCUUUCUCUUUUAUCAGAGAUAUGAUCCCCUUAAUCUAGUCUCCCAUGCCCUCAGAUUGUCCUGUUAGACACUAGCUUUAUUUUUAAUUUCUUUACUUCACUGCUGUGAUGCAGAAUGGUUCAUUUUGGUUUUGUCGCUGAUGACUUGAGUCCAAAAACCAUAAUCUGAUUAAUUGCUUUCUUUCAGAAUUUCUGUUUUCAAUUUUUUGCUCAGCAUCUUUAUUUGAAAUUGUAUGGUAUAUUUUGUCUUGAAAGUGAUCAAACUUCGAUGAUUAGUUCUCUCAUAGAAAAAUAAAUUAUGAGUGAAAUUUUUAACGUUGCAAGUGCUGAUUUGUGUUUUUGGAUUUGAGUUAUCAUAAUAGUGCUAAUUUUAAUGAUAAUUUCCAGCCAUUUUUAUUUUUUUAAAUCUGCUGACUUGUCACCUAGCAUUCUAUGUACAUCAACUCCUACUGAUCACUUUUUAUUCAGAAGAAAUUUGCAUCCUAUUCUAGCCCUUUAAAGGUCCGCUACAAUUCAUUAUAUUUUUCUGGAAUUUAUCAAACUAGAUACACAGGCACUGUAGUACAAGGAAUCAAUAUGUCAUUAUCUUUUAAUCUAAUAAACUAAGGUUCUAUUGCAACACUCCCUAGUGCUUUCAUUGGAGAAUUAGUAACAUAUUUAAAUUGAAAUGCGAAAGGCUGGCAAGAAAAAGUAAACAACUUUUAUGGGUUAUGAGUUUUUAAGGUUUAAUAACUCUAUUUUGUAUAAUUUUUCUUCAAUUGAUUCACUGUUAAAGUAAUUGAUGAAGUGACUGGUUAUAAUUUCAUUCUCAGCUUCUUCCAAGUGCCUGUAUCUGUAUUUCUGCUUGACUCCAUCUUCCUUGAAUCUAAAGUGACUCUGAAAUGAUAUCUAAGAGACGUCCGUUAGAAUUUUGAUCUCAUUUAAUAUUUUGAUUUUAGGUAGUUUUAUUGACUUUUUCUCAAUUGUAUUGUGAAAAAUUACGAGUAAUUUCUUUUAUUUGGAAAUUUUUUGUGAUCACAUCACCUGACGUGGAGCAAACUGCAUCAUGCGUUUCUAUGUGUGUCGUGUAAAGACUCAUGACUCUGGUCUCUGGUAUAGACGGGCGAUUUUAUGGCAUCGUACCGAAUUAUUAUAAAAUUCAAAUUUGCAUAAUAUUCACUUGUGUUCAGUUGAAUUACAUUUUAAAGGAAUUUUGAUUUUAAACUCGACCAUCUUUAUUUUUGAGGUAUAAUUUUUUGUGAAUUGCUAGAAAAAAAUCAAUUCUUAUUAGAAAAACAUCGCUCUGGUCGCACUACCACCAACUUGUCCAUGUUAUUAGUUUUGCAGCUUCAAAUUAAUUGUUUUACCGAAUUAAAUACAAGAGUAUGCUUAAGAGAUCAUUUUUCUUUACAAUCAGUCGCAGACACAAUUAAAUUGCUUCACACGUUUACUUUACUUCAGAUUGCCCAUCAGCAAGGAAAACAAUUUUUAUUGAAAUUUUCAGCAAAUCUUUGGUCCCACAAUACAAUGUUGAUCUGAACUUCCAUCAUUUUCACACAAAAAUUCAGGUUGACAUAUGUGGAAUGUAAAACCAGCGUUUGUAGAACCAGUUUUAUUUCUGAUGCAAGAGAUUAAAUCCCUAACUUCUGCAAACUAAUCUUUGGACUUAUAUUCUAAUAAUUAUUUAGUGAUGCAUCUUACCUGUAACUGUAAUUAUGAAUGAUAUGGGGUUUUCUUGCUACAUAUGUUUUCCCCCUUAUUAUCAUGAAGUACGUGUAAGAUCAAUUUAUAUUUUUGCAGGUUCUUAAUUCUUUUAGAAUCAACCUCUGAAAUCAGCGGAGGACUUAAAAUACUCAAUUCAAUAUUUUUCCGAUAGAGCCUGCUUAUCGUCUUUCAGUAGUGUGUACAUUUUUGCCAGAUUUUUUAUGAAGAUCACGCUUUCCAAAAGAAUAAGGAAAGGUAUUCUUUAUCUUUCUUUCUUUUGUUUUUCUAGUGCUAAGCAUUUUUUCUUGGUUACCAGUUUAUCCUGUAACUUUUCCGUCCCCUGAGUGUUAUAAUUUCAGUUGUAUUUAAAAAUCAUCGCAACUUAUUCGAUUAGGUACAAUGUGCUGAUUAUUUGUAAAACGCCUUAUUUUAAACAUUUUUGAUACUUGAUUCUUCUUAUUUUUAUGUCAUUGACUGCUAUCUAAAAAAGUGCAAUCAACGUCACUGCCAUUUUUACUUAAUGGUUGCUCCAACUGACGGACCUUUUUCCUGAAAUUUGAAAGAUUGUGGCACAUAUUAAGUAGACAUAUUUGUUUUUACGUGCCUGUAAUGGUACAGCAGUAGUGUAUAAUACUUAAUAUCUGUAAUAAUUAAAUUCUGAUGGUGUAUACUUACAGAGCAGUUGUUCCUUCAAAGGAUAUUGGUACGUUCCUUCCUCAUGUUCACCAUUUGACGUAGAAAGAAUUUAAAAAUAUUUUUAAUUCAAGUCAUCAUCAUAGUUGCUGACUGUAUGUAACAAGUAAUUUUUAGUCAAUUUUCAAUUUUAUACUUUUCAGUGAUGUAAAUUUUAUUUAGCUCAGUAGACUUGCAGCAGGUCAAAAGACUGAGAAGCACCUUGCGCUACUUUUACAAUUAAGUUCCAUUUUUCAUUGGCCCAUUCAUUUCCAUGUUUCAUUUUUCUACAUUCCAUUGCCUACUUUCUGCACUCAUCACAUGCCUUCAAAAAAAAGUGGGGCCUUAUUUUUGUAUAUCAUGUAAAUAUUCCUUGAAAAACCACGUCACACUUGUAAAAAAUGUUUCUUACCUUGUACUAUAAUGUUAUUUAGUUAUUUUUGUUAGUGACCAAGUGUUAAUUCGCCUUAUCUAUUUGAGGUUAGCCAAAUGAUCCAAUAUUCAGUUGAGACUAAUUGUUUCUAAAAUAACAAAGGGAUAGAGCAAAGGUUGCUGGAAUGCAAUGAGGCAUUAUUUAUUAGGCUGUUUUUGCGUUGUAAUCUUUACAUCAAUGAAUGGUUUGAGUUCGAUUCAAGUUGAAUCUAGGGUAAAUAGCUCCAUGUACCAGCACCACUUUAAUGAAUGGUUAAUCAUAAAUUGUAUUCGCUUUAUUUUAAAAAAAUCAGAUCGAUAGAAAAUAGAUAUAUGUCUCAAAAGCGCAUGACUCAAUUAUGAAGUGAAUUGGCCUACAAAAUUAAGUCUGAAGUACCGUAGAGAAAACAGAAUCAAUGGAUUGUCUUAAUUGAUCAAUGAAAUUUAAAUGGCCAUACUUUUGACUUUAUUUUUGGUUUGAUUAACUUUAAACUUUAAUCAUAUACCCUCGAGAAAUCGAUUUCAAUUCGAUUUUGUAAAAUUGUCCCGAAUAGAAUUUAUAAAUAGUCUUAAAUUUAUGUGGUGGCAUUAUUAGGAACCAUUUACCCUAGAUUCACAUUGAUUUUUUGUUGAAAGAGAAUCCUUUUUCAUGUUUUUCUUUAAGUUUGUCUGCUGGCGAUAGCAGUGCUUUGUGAUAUUCGUUGAUCAGUUCAAAAAUUAUGAGUUUAAUAGCUAAAUUUAGUCUGAAUGAACGAACUUUUGCUCCUCUACCUUACGGUAUACUUACCUACUGUAUCCCUUUUCCCAUCUUCCUAAUAGUCAUAUUUUUCUUAAACUGAAUGCUUUAGAUUCUUCUAAAAAAUUUAUUUUCUUAAGAACUGUGAUAUUCAUUUUUAUAUUUUCCAAGUCUUGAUUACCUUUUAGCAGCUAUUUUUUAAACCUUCGAUGACACAUUUGAUUGUAGCACACAAAAAUUUUUCUAUUCAUUAAGUUGGCAAUUUGCUAAAGUCAGAGAAAAAUGUAUGAGAUACGUUCCUUAUCACUAUUCAAAGUUUGAAUUAUAAUCAAACAAUACCCAACUGAAAUAUUGAUCCAGAAACAAGAUUUUUAAAACAUUGUGUACCUAGAGUGACACUUGAUGUCCUCUCUUUCUCAGAGGAGCUUAGAAUCUCAGAAAUCCGAGUUGCAGUACUUACUUACCCCGCUAUUUUUAAUCUGGAGCAAUUUCCUUUACCUUUUUGACUAUCGUCUGUAUUUAUUCAUCACUUUACCUUUGCUUUGACUCAUGUUGUCCAUCCUAGUUAGGAACUCAUAAUUCUAAAGCAAUUGUUACUAAUUGUGUGUUUACAGUACUCUCUCCUUGCAGCAAAUCUCAUGAGACCAGAAGAUUCACCCGGUAUUGAGAGAGAUCUAGUCGAUAGAGGGAAAAAUUCAUGUAUUCAAUAUAGGAAGAGCCCAAUAGAUUUAUCCACUGCAGAGUUUUCCGUUACGGAGAGGACCGCUACAAAAAGAGAGUACUGUACUUCCAUUAAUGAAUUUUUGUCAAAUUUGAUCGAAGGUUUAAUCCUGGUAUUCUUUGUAACUGAAUGUACCUACAAGAUUAAGUUACAAAGACCAUUUUAUUUGUAAAUUUUUCAAUUGUAUAGUUUUGUAAUUCUCUGUUUUGUAAUUAAUUUUAAGCAUGUCUAUAAUUUUUUUUACAAUAAAAAUAAAAAAGAACACUCAUAAAAA